GUGCGGUUGAGGCCUCUGUGCCAUUUCUGUCUGUGGCUGGGCUUCCUGACUCGAGCAGCCUCUCCAGUCUGCUGCAGAGGAGGGGAGGUGGGACGGAGCUGGCCAAACGGGCCGGGCAGUUGGAUUCAGACACCACCCCAAGUGGAGGCAGCAGCUCACCCCCAGGUGGCAUCGCUUAGCCUCUCCAGGAUGGAGGCCAUUCCUGGGGACCCAGGCUGGCUGUGUCCACACACGCCAGGAGCCGAAGCCAAAUUGAGGACGUUGUUUGUGCUUCAACGUCUUGCUGAGGUUGUGUGAAUCAGACUACAAACAGAUUGACUUCCGUGGUUCUGGGCUUGGGAGUGCGGGGUUCUUCUGCCCAGGUCCCAUCAAGGUUUGAUUGUGGUUUCUCCCACAAGCCAUGUGGGGCCUCCCUGGCCCUCUUUUCCAAACGCCUCCUAUUUCUCCAUGGGAAGCAGACAGGUGACGAAGGACGUGCCAGGCCGGAUGAGGCAGCUGCUGCUUCUCCCAUGCCUGGGGCAGGGCCCCCCACCAUGCCCACAGGGCCUCCAGCCAUACCCAGUGAGGCCAGGAGCUGCCCUUGGGCCCGCCCGAGGAGCUGGCAUUGCCACCGGUCUGGCUCCCUAGCACAGGGGCUGCAGCCAAAGGCUGGUAUGGCUUUUCCUGGGUAGCGCCACCUAUAGUCAAGCCAGAUGCCUGAUGGGAGUGUGGGACGGGAGCCCAAGACCAUUUUGGGGGAUGCAGGAAGAGCCGCUCUGCCCCUCCCAGGCACCCUAAAGGUCUCCUGGACCCUGUCUCGGUGAGCGGACGAGGACUGCGCUCUCUGCCAAGGGGCAGCCUUCCUCCUUUAUCGACCCAGCGAUAGAUAACCUGGCAAGGUCAAAGACGCCAGGUGAUCACACCUGGUCGGGGCUCCAAGGAUGCUCGGCUGCAGCUGGCUAUAAAUAUGGGAGGGACUUCCCACAAAGCCCACUUCAGCGGCUGCCAUCAUGUUCAAGCUGCUCUGCGCCCUCCUGCUCGUGGCUCACGCCUACGGCUGUGGCCACCCCACCUACGUGCCCAAUAUUUCGCGUGUGGUUGGGGGCGAAGAUGUCCGGCCCCACAGCUGGCCCUGGCAGGUCUCCCUCCAGUAUGACAAGAAAGGAGUUUGGGCUCACACUUGCGGUGGGACCCUCAUCGACCCUAACUGGGUGCUGACGGCGGCUCACUGCAUCAGCUCUAAGCGGACCUACCGAGUGCUGCUGGGCAAGCAGAACCUGAAAAUGGCCGAGGCCGGCGAGGUGGCCGUGGCAGUGGAGAAGGCCAUCGUCCACGAGAAGUGGAACUCACUCUUCAUCAUCAACGACAUCGCCCUGUUGAAGCUGGCAGAGCCGGUUGAGUUCAGCGACACCAUCCAGCCCUCCUGCCUGCCCACCCCGGAGUCUCUGCUACCCCAGGGCUUCCCCUGCUACGUCACUGGGUGGGGCCGUCUCUGGACCAACGGACCCAUCGCAGACACUCUUCAGCAGGGCUUCCUGCCCGUGGUGGACCACGCCACCUGCACCCAGAAGGACUGGUGGGGCUCCAUGGUCAAGCCCAGCAUGGUCUGCGCGGGGGGAGACGGCGUCAUUUCAGGGUGCAAUGGUGACUCUGGAGGGCCCCUGAACUGCCACAACGGCGACUCCUGGCAAGUCCACGGCAUCGUUAGCUUUGGGUCCGCCCUCGGCUGCAACACGGCCAAGAAGCCCACCGUCUUCACCCGCGUCUCCGGCUACAUCCUCUGGAUCACCAAGACAAUGACUCAGAACUGAGGAGCCAGCUGUGCCGUGUGGCCAACCGAUACUGAAAAAUACUCAAUAAACCUUUUAUCAUCCCGAAG